AUGGGAAAUCAUUCUACAAUAACAACAUUCAUCUUGCUAGGACUAACAGAUGACUCACAACUACAAGUUUUAUUGUCAAUAUUUCUGUUUCUCACAUACAUUUUCACUGUUACUGGAAAUCUAAUCAUUAUCCUCCUCACACUGGUGAACUCCCAACUCAAAACACCUAUGUAUUUUUUCUUUAGGAAUUUCUCCAUCUUAGAAAUAAUUUUCACAACUGUCUGUAUUCCUAGAUUCCUGUACAGCAUGACAACUGGGGACAAAAGUGUUAGCUAUAAUGCUUGUAUGAUUCAACUAUUUUUUGUCAUCCUCAUUGGCGCAACAGAAUUCUUCCUUCUAGCCACCAUGUCCUAUGACCGCUACGUGGCCAUCUGCAAGCCCCUGCACUACAGCACCAUCAUGAGUGACAGGGUGUGCACCAUACUUGUCCUCUGUUGUUGGCUCACUGGUUUAGUGGUCAUACUGCCACCUCUCAGCCUGGGAGUUCAGCUAGAUUUCUGUAACUCCAAUCUCAUUGACCAUUUUGGCUGUGAUGCCUCUCCUCUUCUGAAGAUAGUAUGUUCAGACACAGAAUUCAUAGAACAACUUGUUUUAAUCAUGGCUGUGCUGACCCUUAUAUUCACACUGGUGUGUGUGAUUUCGUCCUACACAUACAUUAUCAAGACCAUUUUAAGACUUCCUUCUGCUCAUCAAAGGAAAAAGGCUUUCUCCACCUGUUCUUCCCACAUGAUUGUAGUUUCCAUCACCUAUGGGAGUUGCAUCUUCAUCUAUAUCAAACCACCAAAGGAAGGGGUGGCCAUUAAUAAGGUGGUGUCAUUGCUCAACACCUCAGUUACCCCUUUGAUCAACCCCUUCAUUUAUACUCUACGGAAUAAGCAAGUCAAACAAGCCUUCAAGGAGGCAGUAAAAAAGACUGCAUUUCUCUCAAGGAAUUAG